AUACCAAGGCCAUGUUCCACUUUUUGUUUGACUUUGAGUUUGGACUUUCACUUUGUUUGACUUUGAUGUAACUUUUGUUACUGCUUGAGACUUCAAGGGAAUACAAUGGUGUUGUGAGAGGAGAGCUGCUUGAGCGCGCCCAGUCGUCAGCGAGCUCUCUUUUAGGAGGAAGUCCUUUGCGUUUCUCCUUUCCUAUGGGCCUCAGUGCGGGAGCGGUACCUAUGGCGCCGAUACAGCCUCGCCACGGUGCGAGAAACCCGUCUGAGAGUAUUUCCAGAAGUAAUACUAAUAGUUUGUGUGCGAAACUUUCAUAGCACUCACUCGACCCUAGUAUUGGGUCACCGAAAUCACUUGCAAGCUAGCAGAGUGCCGCUGUGCUUCAGGCAGAAAGGAUGAGUUCAGCUGGGAGUAGCAGGGCACGCACAGGUGGCGGAGCUUGGAACGAACGCAGGUCCGAGUCAGGUAACAAACGUGUGGCUGUCGGUCACCACCAACAGCAGCGUCAACAGCAGCACCAGCAGGCGUUUCCACCUGCCAACAGUGGACCAAAGCAGCAGCAGCAGCAACAGCAGACAAUAUUGCGAGCGGAGCGUUCUCACAGGACUGAAAAUUCUCGGUCUGCUCCAGCCUCGACGUCACCACACGCGGACAGACUGUACAGCCAUGCAAUGGACGUGGCUGGACGUGCUGACAAAUUCAUGAGCACGGUGUCGUGCUGCGAGGACCUUUUCAAAGCGGAAUUUGUUAGCUUACGUUUUCGAUUGCGUCAGCAGUGCGAGCAGCUGAUCCUGACGUGCCCGCCGAAGUGGGCCCGGCCCGCCGAGGACAUCCUGUGGAAGAAGACGUUCUACGACGUCAUUAGCCGCUGCAAGGCGAAGACGAUGGCUCUGCCGCUGCUGGGUGCGUAUCGCACGCACUUAAUGGCGGCUGCCGGCUAUUAUCAACAGCUGCUCGCCAAGCUGCUGGAGAGGUUUUCUCUGCUGCAGCUCAGUGGCUUAGUGGACUGGAUGGCGCUACCCAAAAAUCUACAACACCAGACAGGUGACGAGGAGAACCAUCGUGUGAGCGAUGAUGUAACACGCUGGGCGGUGUCUGCUGCCCAUCGAUGUCUUAUGUAUCUUGGCGACCUUGCUCGCUAUAACUUGGAGUACCAGCCAGGCGUGGAGCUGAUAGCGUGUCGCUACUACCAUCAAUCCAUCUGCCUCGAUCCGUCGCAUGGUAAGCCUCACAAUCAGCUUGCUACCAUUGCGCUGACUCAGAAGAACUACUGCAAAGCAGCUUUCCACUACGUCAUGGGACUAGCAUGUGGCAUGCCGUUUCCUGGAAUGGAGAAGAACCUGGAUAGCCUCUAUCGCACCAUGGCCAGUGUUUCCAAGGACCUUAAUGAACAGAUGGCGGGUGGUGUGGCUGAAAGCCAGGCCCUGUCAUUCAUCCAGCGUCGCUUUGUGUGCCGGUUUCUCGCUAUCCAAGAGAUGCUAGGUUUGCCAGCUUCAAACAUCCAGCCUGGCGACCUCACACUCGUCAUCCGACAAGCUUUGGAAGACUUUGAAGAGUGGCUACGUCUGCUCCCAACUGGAGAGUCCGCUCCUGCCGCACGCAGUGAGAGCUGCGGUGGCUGUCUUGAAGAUUUGCUUGUCGUCUUUAGCGCAGCUGAUGCCGCGCUGUUGCGCGAUGCCGGAGACAUGUCACUGUGCGUCAUUGCCAUGGCUAUCAUGAUGGCGCAGAGACUGCGACAGGCUGGUUCGUCCUACACGCGUCAAGUCACCACCUUCACCCUCUCGCUGCUUGCCCACCUGGUCGAGUUCUGCUCCGAGUCCCUGCGCACCAGUGUUCUACUCAGCAAUGAAUCUCCACCGUCAUCGCCCUCUUUUUCGCCGCUGAACGCAGCCACCAGCUCCGAGCUGAGUCCGUCAGCAUCCACAGUGCUGCAGCAUGGAUCGUUCUCUGGCCUGUUCAUUCAGGCGGGCAACUGCUUUGCCCCGACGCCCGACGACUUCCUCAACGGCGUCGGUGGCGGCAGCAGCAGCAGCCAAGCGAGCAGAACGACUGGCUUGCAGUUUGGCUCCAGUGCGGCUACUCCUGCUGCCGGUACUGCUGCUGGCAGUGGUGGCGGAAUGAUGAGCCUGGAUCAGGCCAUAUCGGAGGCGGUGCUCGACUCGCGCCGUUCGGCCGAGAUAGACGCGCGCGCCAUGCACAACGGUGGAUCCGGCGCUGGUACCGGCGCCGGCAGCAGCCGCCAUCGCUUGCCUCGUCGUCGCCGACGACCGUUACGCCGACGCAGCCGCCCGCCACACGAGCACAACUCGUCGUCGGACGACGAGGAAGACUCCGACAGCAGCUCGUCAGAGCUCGACUCGUACAACUCUAGCAGCGAGAUGGCCAGCGAUGACGAGGACAGCGAUGAGAACACGCAACUGAACGACAGCGGUGCUGAAGACCAUACCUUCCUCAACGGCUCCAUCGACGACGACAGCGAAGGAGGUUACGCCGGUAGCAGCGGGCUUGAGCACACCGAGGGCGACGGCGAAGACGAGGGCGAGGGGUCGGAACUCGAGCCCAGGCGUCGCGUGUCGGCGAGCAGUGCCGGCAACCAUGGCGAUGGACAGCGCAGCCGACUAAGCAGCGCCGGUGGCAGGCCCAUGCGUCCCAUUGGCGACGAACUGGCCACCAAGUCCAAUAGUACAGCUGCUGAUACCGAUGGUGCCAGUAGCCAAUCGGCGUCGGACCUGGUGGUGUCGCCCGUGUCAAUAGUGCACGCCGCUGCCAGCUUGGAUAUGCUGAUGGCUGUGCACGUCGCCUUCGACUGGCUCUGUAUCAACCCGGCGUUCGUUGCCUCCUUUGCUAAGACUGAGGACAAGCUGUGGUGUGCAGUCACCAAGCUAUUGAACUUCCUGCCGCGUCAACAACGACUUGACAAAGCUGCUGCACGUCUGCACAUCAAUGAUGCUGCAGAGCUGUUUUCGUCUCGCCAUCCUCUGCCCGAGGACGUCACGUUGUUGGGCUUCUCACCGCUGGCUGGCAUCCAGGAACGCUACGACUUUGACUGGGCCAACUACACCGGCGUGCUGGGCUCUGGCAGGGAGAUAAUGCUGCGCUUGCAUCGCAUGCAGGAGUUUGGGCAAGUCAUGGCGGAGAACAAGGUCUUGUCAACGUUUCAGCUGAGCCCUGAUAAGCAGUCAUUCCUAGGACCAGAUGAGCUGGCUGCCUCCAUCAAGGAGAACGAGCUGGAGCAGAAGGCGGUGGAAGAGGCCGAGGCGUCCAAGAAGCGGCAGAAGCUGAUGGAAACCAUGGCGAAACGCAAGCUCCAGGUGGACGUUCAGCAGCUGGAAGGCUCGCUGAAGAAGCGGCCAAACAAUGCCCGUCCGCUCAGUCCGUAUCUGGUGGUGGACGCUGAGGCACUGCUGCUGAAUUUGGAGCAGAUUGAGGCUCUUGCCAGGUCUCGGCGAUUUGUGAUCAUCGUACCACUGCGUGUGAUCGACACUUUGGACGACAUGAAAACAUCCAGCACCCACCACGCGGCACGCGCCGCCAUCAAGCGCCUGGAAGAGCACUUUAAGCGUGGCAGCCGCUGGGUACGCGCCCAGCGAGAGAGCGAGACGCACGCGCCAGCUGCAGCCAAGAAACCUAACGACCCUGCUGAGCUUCGAGCAUGGCGUUUCUCGCGCGUAGUGGACUGCUGCAUCUACUUUGUCCAGCACGCCAACACCAAGUCCAAGACGUCCAUGUUCCGGCCGCUGUCGCACGGCCUGGUCACCCUGCUCACCGGCCAGGCCAUCCUGCAGCCUCGCGACGCCGCGCUCGUCGCACUCGACACGCCGUUGGAGAAGGCGGUGGCCGAGGCGCGGUCCGCGGGCGCCGACGUCUUCCGAGUGUCGCACUUCUUCCAGCUGUGGAGCCAGAGUCCCGCUGCAGCCGCCAGUGCUGCUGGUGCAACGUCAGCUGCCGCUGGUCCAGCAUCAGCGCAUACUCAGCAUCGGCCGCCACACGGCCGUGGCAGCAGUCGUGCUCCGUCACGCGGUGCUCGACACCAAGGAAACGGAGAAAGUAGCGCGGCAGGGCCCAAGCGCUUUUCCUCUCAGCACCACGCGUCGUCCGCCGCUGUUGCCACCCGCAAGACCCCUGGCGAGUCGAAGCAACGCGCCACCGAUGCGCCUGCGGGAGCCGGCGGUCAUCGCACGCGCUCUGGUUCGUCCUCGCGUGGCCGCCGAGGCAGUGCAGGAGCUGCGGGACGCGGCGGUGGUGGAGGCGGUGCUCGCAAUAGUAAUGGCUACGGUUGAGCGGCGGCGACUCACAGCGUUCUUGAUAUCUCCUGCUCCCCUUUUCUUCUUCGUUUGUAACACGAAAAAGUAGCCGCUUGAAAUAAACGCACACAACCAGAGAGGGUACAUGUGUGUAUGCACGGCCUUGACAGCAGCUGUGCAUCAGCCUCCUCUCACCGGCGACUACCAACCCCCCUGCGGACUGUAAUGUGUCACUGGAGUCUCUUUGCCAUGCGCUGACUGACAUGCCAAAGCCGCCAUCGCCACUGCCAGUGUCGCCACACUGCUGCUACUGCUCCUGGUCAUGACGUGGCAUUACGACACUCGCCAUUGUCCGCAUGGCCACAGCCAGUGUGUGGUGCUCCAGUAGCGGCGGAAGCCGGCUUUCAUUCGUUCUCUGCGGGCCAGUCGUUUGUUCCUCUAAGGUGAAAUCAGCUGCUUCAGGCCUUCUAGUGUUGGCUUGCGUAGUCCUAUCAGGUCGUGCCGCAUAGGGUUGUCUGAUGUGCUGCUGCUAAUGUUCUUGGUGCGUUGCCUGUCUUGGUCGCUUCCAAGUUGGCAUUCUGAUACUGGCUCAUAGCUGAUAUUCAAGUCGGUGGUGUUGCGCGCAGUGGGCAUCUCUCAAGCUGCCUUAUCGCUACGUUGAUCUUCACAGAUGCAUGUUUAGGCGAGCAGAUCACGGGACAUGCGCACAGAGCUGCUUCUCUGCCCCGACAGCAGCACCAUGAUCCACCGCCACAGAACGGGUUGCCCUUGCCUUCGCAGUGUCACUGCAGUGCAAUACGCUGAUUUCGUGUGGGCGAGUCCUACAGCCAAGCAGCCCGCCCCUCCUUUUCUCAAUCUUGUGUGUGUGUGUGUGUGUGUGUGUGUGCGCGUGUGUGCGCGUGUGUGCGUGUGCGUGUGUGUGUUCGUUGGGACCGUCUUGUGUUCUCGAUGCUUGGCCCGUGGGGCUAUCACCACGCUGAAAUACCCCUCAUGUACUCUGGAAUUCGUGCUUCGGGCAGCACCUCUCCGUCACUGAUUGAAGUGGUGCACGUUGGCAUCACAUCAGGACCUGUACAGAUAAACUAGCAGACAGCAUUCCCCUGCUGGACAGCAUUCCCCUGCUGGUCUAGGUGUAGUUGCUCUUCGCCAUAGCCGUUCCCACCUACUUACUAUAACCGCACCAUGUUGCUGCAUCACAUCUACAACAGCUAGACAGCAGUCUUCCGGAGUACGUUCAUCCGUCGCAGUCAUCAUGCAGCAUUAUGCCCAGCAGCAGCAGCCGGGUGCUGACUACCGCUGUCCACUGCCUCUGUUCUGCUGUUGCGAGUCUAGCUCAGUCUAGCUCAGUCCGCUGUCUCUCUUCUACUGCAGUCAGCCCAGCUCAGCCCAGCUCAGCUGCGCUCCGUAGUUGUAGUCUCGCCGUGCGUCGGCGCUGCUCCAUCGCUUACUGCUCUCAAUGUGUACCCGUGUUGCCAUGCUUCACCGCCCAUGCCAGCGGUGCCCGGUCUGGUGGCCUUGGUCGCUGCGAGAGCGUGUGCUCGUGCCCAGUCUGGUGGCCUUCGUGGCGAAGACACUCGCCCUGCGGCGACAUUGCAUCAACUGUAGCACUCCAUCUCGAAGUGUCUCUUCUUGCCAUCGCUGCACAUGCUGUCUUGCCAUCGCUGCACAUGCUGUCUUGCACAUACUGCUGUGCUGCAUCGAGUAGUAGUCUAGCUUCUCUUCCACACGACCGCUCGUGGAUAAUGGUGAUUGUUUUUAUAUUUCUUUGCUUCUGCGUGUAUAUGGUUUGUUUUUGUUUUGUUUUUGUUCGCGAGGAGUUUCCGCACCCUUCUUUCAUCAGACAUGCCUUUCUCCGGGUGUGUGUGGAACAAUGUGCUUUCCGGGCAUAAUUGCCAAGAGCCAUUUGUUGUGGCGAUAGUUUUUUUGCUCUAGUUGUUUGAGGAUGCUUCCUAGGCUUUUGUAUGAAGUGGUUUCAUCUGCAGUUUGUGCUUCCAUCUUGUUCAUGGUUCAUUCCACCUUUCUUUUCACCGCGGCCCUUCUCUGGUUAGCUGCUGCUUUGAUUUCGGACCCAAGCUUUUUCUGGCAUGUCCGAACCUUUUUGCGUAGCAAAUUCCAAUCGCCUCCGUGUUA